CUCAACUUUGAAAGAACGGCUACUCAACAACAUAUCGCUGCCAAGCUUACAUUGUGGCUAAAAGCCCUCGACCCUCUGAUGUUUUGUGCUGUCAUACACGCCCACUGCUUCCAUCCUCUUUCCUGCCAUCCAAGCCAUCGCGAAACCAUCGUGAAUCCAUGACAACAGAAACGUGGUCGACUAUUCACUCAGUCUAUGAACUUUCCCCCACAACGUUCAAGAAAAGCUCCCGUCCUAAGGAGAAAUACUACGCCGUAAAGGGCGGGGAUGCAUUCUACAGAACACGACAUUGGAAAACCGAGCGCAUCCUCAACGAAGCUAGAGCGCUGCUCCUACUCGCUAAAACGAAAAUCCCGGUUCCUAAGUUUAUCCGAUGUGGCGACAACGAUGACGGCACCAUGUUCCUGGAGAUGAGUCGAGAAGACGGUGUCGAACUAAGUGAAGUGGGCAAGGCAUGUCACAUGUCAGGUACUGUGGGGCAUAACUACGUUGGCGAAUGCGAAAACUGCAAGGCCAUUGCGCAGGCCAAUGCGAAAGACUUCAUCCAGACUAUUCUGCUCCCCGAGCUCGCAAAUUUAACUUCCGACACCACAGGACUGGACGGGUUUGUGAUACCGCCGGCAUGGAUGCUGGAAACCGAUACACGAUCGAAGUGGGAGCCAGUGACGUUUUCGGACCCAGUACUCAUAUUCAUCCAUGGCGAUUUGGGGCCCUCUAAUCUGUUGAUGGACCCGAAGACGCUAACAGUGAAGUGCGUGAUUGAUUGGGAAAAUUCAGGAUAUUUUCAUCCAGAAUUCCAGAAAUGGGAGGUCGAUAUGGGUCGCUAUUAUGCUCUGUAUACUGAGAGGAAUAUACAUCUUGAGCUUGCUAGUAGUAUCACGCUCUGAUCACGCUCCCCAGACUGGACCGGCGUCCAUUAAGCUGGGUCCAACUCCAUUUCAACUUCUUGGAUGAGCAGGUGGCGGGUCAAGUAGGAAGAAUUCAAUCAUGUAUUCUAUGCCCAUCCUAGGAAUAUAGCCGUCCUAGUACGGCGUGUUCCUAGGGCCGCUAUAUUCCCAGGACCUGGUUUACUUUAUU